AUGUCGCGUCAAACUGAUGGCAAGGAAAACGCGCUGGCAAAUUAUAGUCAACGGGUGAGAACGCCGGUGAAUGCGUUACGCGACAUAACCAAUAAAACACCACAGAUUAAGACAGUUAGACAUAAUAAAGAUGGUUAUAAUGGCACGCCAGCAGUAUCAUUCACAAAGCAACAGAAAAAUUCAAAAAGCUCAUUAGAUCGAAGAUUUAAAAUAGAAAAUGACAUCACAAAACAACAAAAUUUAAAAGGCCCAAUAGAGGAUCUAAUAAUGAAACCAAGCGAGGAGGAGGCUGAUGUGCCUGAAAUCGAAUAUUGUCCUCCACCAAUCAAAGAACUAUCCUAUGAACCAUUGGAUGAAGACCUUAAGUUUGAUUGGGAACCAUUACGACACCUGCCCAGUGUUACUGCGUACGAGUUUGAAAAUAUAAAGUAUGAUGAAUUAUCAUUUCCAAAGAUUGAUCCAAAUGAUUAUCGGUCCAGGGAGGUUAUGGAUGAUUAUGGCAAGUAA